CAACAUCGCCCGCCCCCACGACGACACUACAAAUAAGAAAAAGAAGCUCCCCACUAAUCAAAAAAGUGAUACAGCGAAAGCAGCAGGCAGACUCUUUUCCACUUUGUGCAUUAUUCUGACUGAUUUCUGCUGACGAAGACGAUUUUCUUUGCAUCAAAGUUAAUAGUGGAAUUAAGGUUGCUUGGGAGAAGGCAAAUACGGACGAACGGAUCGUCGAAACCGAGUGUGUGAAGUGAAAGGAAGGGGCGAUCUGGCCAGACGAAAGUUUUUGACGAUUCGGAUCCGAAAGACGGCCAAAACGCAACAAAAUGAUGGACGGAACGAUUGAGGAGAACGGCAACGGAACGCCACUGACCGGAAGUUCGGACGAUGGAUUCGUGGCCCCGCAGCAGAAGAACGGUCCAACGGCGGAACAAACGACGACGGUGGUCACGGGAGGGCAACAGCAGCAGUCCGGGAACAACAACAAGCCAGAUGCCGCGGCACUCCCUCCCAAUUCGCUGCUGGUGGACAUAUCGGACGCUCUGAGCGAGAAGGAACGUGUCAAAUUCACCGUCCACACGCGAACCAAUCUGCCCGGGUUUGCCAAAUCGGACUUUCUGGUGGUUCGGCAGCACGAAGAGUUCGUUUGGUUGCACGAUCGGUUCGAGGAGAAUGAGGAAUACGCGGGAUACAUUAUUCCACCGUGUCCUCCGAGGCCGGAUUUCGACGCCUCGAGGGAGAAACUGCAACGACUGGGCGAAGGCGAAGGCAACAUGACCAAGGAGGAGUUCAAGAAGAUGAAGCAAGAACUGGAGGCGGAGUACUUGGCCACCUUCAAGAAGACGGUGGCAAUGCAUGAGGUGUUCCUGACCCGAUUAGCCUCCCAUCCGGUGUUCCGGAACGAUGCCCAUCUGAAGGUGUUUCUCGAGUUCGAUCAGGAUCUGUGCGCGAAGCUGAAGAAAAAGAUCGACGUCUUUGGGGGUCUGAUGCGGAGCAUAGGCAAGACCACCGAGGAAAUCUACAUGGGCGCCACGGUGAAAGACGUGAAUGAUUUCUUCGAACACGAGCUGCAGUUCCUGGGGGAAUACCAUGCGCACCUAAAGGAGGCCGCAACCCGGACGGAAAAGAUGACCCACAAACACAAGGAGGUGGCCGAUUCGCACAUCCGAAUCUCAGGGGCGCUGAUGGCCCUCUCGACGGCGGAUCACGGCUCCAUGGAACGGUUUCUGGCCAAGUCGGCCGAUAUCUUCGAGAAGAUUAGGAACAUGGAGGGUCGGGUGGCAAGCGACCAGGAUCUGAAGCUGGGCGACACCCUGCGGUACUACCAGCGUGACAGCAAUGCCGCCAAAGCCCUGCUGAUUCGUCGGCUUCGUUGCCUGACGGCGUACGAAACCGCCAACCGGAAUCUCGAAAAGGCCCGCGCCAAAAACAAGGACGUCCAUGCGCCAUUGGAGGUGCAAGAGGCGGAAACGGCGCAGACCCAAGCUUGCGAAAAGUUCGAAUCGAUGUCCGCUCGUGGAAAGGAGGAGUUGGUCAGUUUCCGACUGCGUCGGGUCGCUGCAUUCAAGAAGAGCCUUAUCGAACUGGCCGAGCUGGAGAUGAAGCACGCCAAAACGCAGUACGAAUUCCUACGCCAGUCGUUACUUGCCCUGCAGGAGAUUGCCUAGAUCUGCACCUGGACGACUCGACAUUAUCAUGUUGGGAUAGACUGAACGACGAUUCUGCGGCGCGUGAGUAGGAAUGAACAUCACUUUUACUCGAUUCGAUUCGAAUUUCAAUACGUAUGCGUUCGUGUAUGUGUGUGCGCACUCUUAGGGCAGAAUAAGGACCACCAUUGUCCAUUUUGAUGAAUAUACAAAAAGGCACACAUUUAGAAAGACUAUUUGUGCCCAGAUCCAGCGUAAUAUCCUUAUCGAAAGAGAAAAGUGAAACCAUCUUCGUCCGGUGAUAACAAUAACUGAAACGGUAACAGAAGGACGACUAGACUUAGGAAUGGACAACAAUCAGUGGCUUUUCUUUGUUGUAACAGUAAGUUAAGAACGAGCAACCAAUUGUGAGACAAACGAAUUCCAUUUUUAGUUUUGCUAUUACGAUUUUUUUCUGAUGAAACAAUGUUUGAAGUUCUACUUCUCUUAUAUAUUUGUAUUUAAUCAAGCAUUUUUAGUUGCAAUCACUCGUUAACUAUUGGCUAGAAGUUGAUUAAGAUCAUAGGGAGGAACGUGACGAUUCCGUUCGAUAUCUGUUCCUUGCGUACGCCUAAUAUAAUUUUUGGACGACUUUAAACUGAUUUUGUAGUUGAAUCUAUUGUGGAGAACACAUCUAACGAACAAGACUAUUAUGAAACAAAUAAUCAAAUAAUUCAAACUAUUCGUUCCCUCGUGAAAACUCGAGGAAGAAUAGGGACAUUUGCAUCUGCGCGUCACACGAAUACAUACACAAAAAUAAACCACUUAGGAAAACUGAGAAGAAUACAAACAUUCAUUAAUUUUUAUAAUUGCUAUUAUUAUUAACUAUAAUUCUAUUAUUAUUGAACAGUAUAAGAAACUAUUACUAUUAUUAUAUUUCGAUUCGAUGGGAAAUAAUAAUAUAUUCUGUAUAUGAUCGUAACAUAAGUCAAGAA